AUGGGCCGUCUGGAGGUGCGCAUCUGCGGUGCUCGCAACAUCGGCGACACCCGAAGGGCUGGUAUUCCCGACCCGUAUGUGAAGGCCGUGAUGGGCGACAGGAAAAAGACGCGCCGCAAGUACACGACGAAGGUGGUCGGUAGCAGUCUGCACCCCGUCUGGAAUGAGGUGGUCAAGUUCCCUGUCGCCGACGAAGACUCCGAGCAGAUCAUUUUCGAGUUGUGGAACAACAACGUCAUUGUGGACGACCUGAUGGGCGUCUACUCGCUCUCUGUGAACAGUUUGACGCGCGGUGUUGUGAGCGAUAUGUGGGUCACCCUCAAGGGCACGGGGCUCUCGUCGGCAGAGCUUCAUCUGCAAGUGCUGGCGGUAGACUUUGGCGCUGAUCCCCAGCCAAGCAGCAUGCUGGUGCGCUCCAUUGAGGAAUGCAAGGCCGCUGCAGCCACAAAGCCUGUAAUGGCCGCUGCCGAGAUACAGAAGGCGACGUGUGCAGAUGACUUUGACUCCGUCCAGAACCCGUCAUUCAGCGGGCCGGCGAUGGGCAUUCUGCUGCAGGCGCCAGUUGCGCCUCCGCCGCAGCCGCUGCUACCGUCGAUCUAUAACCAACAGCCAGCCUAUGUUCAGCAAGCAAAGCCUUACCCUCUGCAGCCCGCCCCACCAGUAAUGUAUCUGCAGCCGCCUACGCUUCCGCCGCAGGUCGUCUAUCAGCACCAUGCACAGCCUCCCCACCAGCCGACCUACUAUCAGCAAGCGCCACCGCAAGGGAGCUACUACAGGGCGCCUCAACAGCCGUACCAGUACAUGUACGGCCCAUCGCCAAUUUGA